AUGCUGCAUCCAAGAACACCAAAACUCUUAGGCGCGCUGUUCCUCGCCUGUGUAGCAGCCGUCCCUGCAAGGGCGGAGCAUGCCGGCAGGUACACAGAUGUCGCUACAAACAUCCACUCCCGCGGUCAUAACGACGCAUCAGGUUACCUGUUUGGAAUGAUGACACCCAAAGAACCCGGGACAGACUUCAUCGCUCAGAUCGUUGCGCCCUUGGUGGAUGGCGCCGGAUGGGGAGGUGUCUGCUUCGGGAGUUCCAUGACCGGCCCGCUCCUACUCGUCACAUGGGCCGACGGCGACCAAGUGAUGACCGCGGGCCGUGUAGCCGAGGACUACACCGCAGCGGGCACCGUUCCAUACACAGCCAACUCCAUAACCAUCUACCCUAUCAAGCAGGGGACGUUCGUCAACAGCACGCACAUCUCAUCGACCUUUCUCUGCGAAGGGUGCAUCAACAGCGACUCGUUCGACACCAAACCGACCGGCCGCAGCAACCCCAGCGUCUUCUUCGGCUACGCCUACUCGCCAACGCCCGUCGACGACCCCUCCGACAUCGACACCCGCCUCUCAGACCACACCGGCGAGGGGGGCGGGUACGGCGGGUUCCGCGUCAUGCUGGGCGAUGCCAAGUCGGACGAGUACGACCGGUACGCGGCCAUGGCGGGGGGCGGCAGGGACGGUAUGCCACCAGACCCGUCUCCGUCGGCAACUCCGGCUCCGACCGCGAGCCCGACCGCGAGCCCGACUACGACCCCGCUACUGCUAGCCCCGGGCCCGACAAGCGAGGCAUGGGAUGGGUGUUGGGAGGAUGAGUGCGAGAUGCCGGAGGGGUCGGACUACAGCCACAGGGAGAUACCCCUCGCAGAGCUCAUUGCCCUGGUGGUUGUGGGCUUGGUGUACGUGGUGCGGGCGUUCAUGUCCUGA